UAUAGGUGGUACAAAGUCGCUGAUACUGUGUUUAAAAACACGAUGGCGGGCAAGAGCGACACGGAAAUUCUGGCCAACUCCAUGUACGAGGAUGAUCCAAAUGGCAAUUCCGCGCCAGCCACAACCAAGGAUCAAGAAUCGGAUCAGAGGCAGGAAGCGGCACUCAAGACGAACACUGUGACAGCAGUUCCAUCAACCUCGGCAGCACCACGCUGGGGACCACAGAACAAGGGCGCCCAGGAGCUGGCCUCUUUGUACAGUCCAGGCAAGCGGGCACAGGAAAUCAUUUGCGUGUACACCUGCAUAGGCCUCAUGAUCAUCAAUCUGAUACUGAUUGUCCGGCACUUGCGACUGGAGAGGAUCAGUGUGGCCAUUGUGUCCGCAUUGUGUGGCAUUAUAACAGCGGACUUUGCCUCUGGUUUGGUACACUGGGCAGCAGAUACCUGGGGCUCUGUGGACUUGCCACUGAUUGGCAGGAAUUUCCUGCGUCCGUUUCGCGAGCAUCACCUGGAUCCCACAUCUAUAACGCGUCACGACUUCAUUGAAACGAAUGGCGACAACUUUAUGGUGGGCAUACCCAUCCUCGGCUAUUUGGCGCACUAUUUCUACAUUCGUUCGCCCAGCGAGAUUCAGGCACAUUUUGGCUGGAUAGCCUAUGUAUUCCUCUGCUCCAUAUUUGUGGCCAUGACCAAUCAGAUUCACAAAUGGUCGCAUACGUACUGGGGUCUGCCUCGAUGGGUGCUGUUGCUUCAAAGCUGUCACAUUAUUCUGCCAAGGAAGCACCAUCGCAUCCACCAUGUGGCUCCACAUGAGACGUACUUUUGUAUAACCACAGGCUGGUUGAAUUGGCCGCUGGAGCGCAUAAGAUUCUGGUCAACUUUUGAACUGGUUAUUGAGCAUUGUACGGGCCUUAAGCCACGCGAUGAUGACUUGAAAUGGGCCAAGAAACUUACAUAGGGCUUGGCUUGGCUUUGCUGCCCACAACGACUGUAUAUAUAGGAAAUCCUGGACCAAAAGCAGCCUUAUAUUUCAGACAAAAUGUUAUAUUUGCACAACAAAGUAGCUUUAAACUGUUAACAGAUUGCAUAUAUGUACAUUUAAGUUAACUGAACAAAUUGCAGUUUUUUAGUUGCGUACCAAAUAGUUGUAGCCUUUGAACAGAAAGAAAAAACUUUGCAGUAGUCGUUAGAGAGCGCAUAAAUAAACACAUUCAUUGAUCUCAUUUAAGAGUGAGAGCCUUACUUAUAUAAUGAAAUGAAAGAAACGCUUUUGAUAACUUUACAAAAAGACAUAAAGUACAUAAAACAUAAUAACACUCACUUAUGGAUAAGCUUAAACACACAGAUCAAAUGACUUUUAUACCCAGUUUCUAAAUGACAAAAGACAUUCUCAAUACAUUUUAUCAUUGAUACAUUACAUACAUAUGUAUGUAUAUGCAUACGUAUAUAUACAAAGAUGAUAUUUUAUAUACAAAUUGUUACGAUUAGACGAUUAGGCGCUGUAUGCAAUCAUGUAACGUGACUUUCAAAACGAUUUUUACUCGUCUGAGAGGCAUACACAAAUAUUUUGGCAUAAGCUAAUUUAAAAUAAUAACUUUUUAGUACACACACUUUUAGUGGCAUGUAUUGGUCGAAAAUGGUGAAUUUAUUUAUUUGUUGUUGUUUAAUUUGUUACCAAAAUAAGAGCCCAGCUAUUCGCAUCUCUCUAGUCGCUUAGGAAAGUUGUUUGUAGGAUGAACAAGGGACGGGAAGUUUCUUUUGUAAAGCGUGUCAGCAGUCGCUUAUUAUAUCAUUUAACAUACUAAAUUCUAAGAGAGCAAUAUUAAUUGUGAUGCAAGUAAAAUAAAUAAUGAUUCUAACUCAA